AUGAACCCACACCAUCAAAAUGACUGGUGGCAGCAGUGGGGUAUGAACCCACACCAUCAAAAUGACUGGUGGCAGCAGUGGGAUAUGAACCCACACCAUCAAAAUGACUGGUGGCAGCAGUGGGGUAUGAACCCACACCAUCAAAAUGACUGGUGGCAGCAGUGGGGUAUGAACCCACACCAUCAAAAUGACUGGUGGCAGCAGUGGGGUAUGAACCCACACCAUCAAAAUGACUGGUGGCAGCAGUGGGAUAUGAACCCACACCAUCAAAAUGACUGGUGGCAGCAGUGGGGUAUGAACCCACACCAUCAAAUUGACUGGUGGCAGCAGUGGGAUAUGAACCCACACCAUCAAAUUGACUGGUGGCAGCAGUGGGGUAUGAACCCACACCAUCAAAAUGACUGGUGGCAGCAGUGGGGUAUGAACCCACACCAUCAAAUUGACUGGUGGCAGCAGUGGGAUAUGAACCCACACCUUCAAAUUGACUGGUGGCAGCAGUGGGGUAUGAACCCACACCAUCAAAAUGACUGGUGGCAGCAACAGGAAAUGAACCCACACCAUCAAAAUGACUGGUGGCAGCAACAGGAUAUAAACCAUGUCAUCAAAAUGACUGGUGGCAGCAACGGGAUAUGA